UGAUGGGAUUAAACAAUGUGUGUUAAUAUCUGUUCAUCUUCCUGUCACAGCAUUCUCCGCCUAAACUUCCUCAAUGGUACUAUACCUGAAGCUUUGGGCACACUAUCUUCCCUAAAUAUUCUGGAUCUUUACAGUAACUCGUUAUCAGGACAUAUUCCCGUUGAAUUAGGAGAACUGUCUGUUCUUCAGUUUUUGAAUCUGGAUGACAAUAAUCUUGAUGGCGAACUUCCGGAGGAGCUUGGGAAUUUGGUCACUCUUCAACACCUCUACUUGACGGCAAACAAAUUUACAGGGAGGAUCCCUGAGACUUUUGACAAACUUAUCCAUCUGGAAACCUUUGCAGUAGGUGGAAACUAUUUGUCUGGUCAGAUGCCUAGUUAUAUUGGAAAUUGGGUCAACCUCACUAAACUGAUUCUUAUAGGAAAUAAUUUUGAAGGGACUCUGCCUGCAGAAACUUUUAGUCUGCCCAAAUUACAGAGAUUGUUGGUCAGUGACGUAAGUAAUCCUGGAAUAUCUUUCCCAAAACGUGAAGUAAUACCUGAAAGUUUGAUUUACUUAGUUCUGAGAAAUUGCAAAAUUAAUGGUUCAAUACCCGAAUACAUUGGCAAGUGGCCUGAAUUAUCAUACCUUGAUUUGAGCUUCAACAACUUAAGUGGUGGAGUUCCAGAAUCAUUUCAGAAACUGAAUAAGUUAUUUUUAACAAGCAACGAACUUACUAAGCUUCCUUCCUGGAUCACUAAGAAGCCGAAGCCAUCUUCCUAUCCUAAAGCAGAUCUCUCAUAUAAUAACUUCAAUGUGAAAUGUACAAAUGAAAAAUGCUCUGGAUUGGCAUCUGUAAACAUACUCCCGACUAGGUCAUUUAUUGAUAACAUGAAGACGGAAAAAUGCUAUCGAAAGCAUAAUUCCUUGUUUAUAAAUUGUGGUGGUGAGGAGCUUAACGUGGGAAAGGAUCAUUAUCACAACGACACCUCAACAUCAAGUUUUAAUCUCAGUCCAUCUGACGAUUGGGCUUAUAGCUUUUCUGGGGACUACCUCUGGGCAACUGUCAAUGCCAGUACUUUCGUAAGAAACUCAACAUGUAAAGAUUGUACUCCUGAGACAAAGAUAGAUAAUGAUUUUCGCCUAGCUCCGAUUUCUCUAAUGUAUUAUGGGCUCUGCUUACAUAAAGGCAAGUACAUUGUGACCCUUCAUUUUUCUGAAACAUUGUAUUCAAAGGGUGAAGAUCAUAGCAUAACAGGGAAACGGGUGUUUGAUGUUUAUAUUCAGGGACGGUUGGUGAAGAAAGAUCUCAACAUAAAGGAAAUCCCUGAACUACAAAAUGAAGUAAGAAAGCUAAAAUUCCCAGCUAAAAUAAAUGAAGGUUCGUUGGAGAUCAAGCUUCUCUGGGCAGGCAAAGGAUCUCUGUACAAUCCACCUGGUAUCAAUGGACCUCUCAUAGAAGCUAUUUCCGUCACUCGUGCUUUUUAUGUUUCUGAAGUUUCCAGAAAACUACAUCGUUGGGAAAUCGCGUUGAUUACAAUAGGCUGUCUUUUGUUUCUGAUGUUGUUGUUGGCGUUCUCCUUGAGAAUGGGCUGGAUAGGAGGCAGAAAAUUGCGCAGUGGGCACUAAGCGAAGCUAUCAAGAAAUGCCAGGUUGCCACCUGAAAAUGGUACCUUUAAGCCUGAACGAUGUAUAUCUCAUCUACAAAAGGCAGCUCAUCAGCGUCAAGCAUGCAUGUUUGAAACCAUGAUCUCAAGAGUUUUUAUUAAUUGAUGUAAUAAUACAUUAGGAUGUUUGUUUUUCAUUGGUUUAAAAAUUCAAAAAAACAAGAAAAUACUUCCCUUUGAUCUAAAUCGAUAUCUGAGAUUUUGUGACC